GAUAGGAACAUGCUAGCUUAGCAUAACAAUUAACAAACAACUAUUACCAUAGCCAUAAUCCGUAAUCGUAAGUCCUAACCAUAAUCAAUUACCAAUUACCAAUUACCAUUCUCUACUUUUGUUUUGUUAUGCUCAUUAUCGGUCCCUCCCUCAAUCAAAAACCCUAGCUCCCUCGCUCGCCUCUUUCUUCUUCUUCUUGUUCUUGUUCUUCUUCUCUCCAAGAGAACCCAAAAUAUACAAAUAUCAACUCUUUUUUGGUGGCGAUUGAGUUUCAUUUCGACACGAAUAAUCGUUAUGAUUGGAUAACAUUUUAGGGCGGCGAUUGCAGGAAAAAAAAGGGGGGACAUUUUGAAGAAAAAAAUUGAAAAUUGAGUUUGUUAUAGGGAUUUAGGGUUUGUGAGGGAUGUACAGAGAGCGAGGGAUAGUUGGGGCCUCCAAAUCGGAGGAUCGGAAGCGAAUCAACGACGUCCUCGAUAAGCAGCUGGAGCGAUCCUCACCGUCCACUUCGAGGGUUGGUGGCAUCAAUGGCGGCAGCAAAGACAGGUCUUCCCUUCUAUCAUCUUCCUCCAAGGACCCUCGCUCUACAUCUAUCUCCAAGAACUCAAACAUCUCAGAGGAACCUGAAACAGACAGUGAAGAAUCAGAUGUUAGUGGCUCUGAUGGAGAUGACACCUCUUGGAUCUCAUGGUUCUGUAAUCUCAGAGGAAAUGAAUUCUUUUGUGAGGUUGACGAUGAUUACAUCCAAGAUGACUUCAACCUGUGUGGGUUAAGCAGUCAAGUGCCUUACUAUGAUUAUGCUCUUGAUUUAAUAUUGGAUGUUGAGUCCUCCCAUGGUGACAUGUUCACAGAGGAACAAAAUGAGUUGAUUGAAUCAGCAGCGGAGAUGCUUUAUGGUCUGAUUCAUGCUCGAUACGUAUUGACAAGCAAAGGAAUGGCUGCCAUGCUUGACAAGUACAAGAACUAUGAUUUUGGAAGAUGCCCAAGAGUUUACUGCUCUGGACAACCCUGCCUUCCAGUUGGUCAGUCAGAUAUUCCUAGGUCAAGUACUGUGAAGAUAUACUGCCCUAGAUGUGAAGACCUAUAUUAUCCUCGGUCCAAGUAUCAAGACAUUGAUGGAGCAUACUUUGGGACAACAUUUCCACACCUCUUCCUCAUGACGUAUGGACAACUGAAGCCACAAAAACCAUCACAGAGCUACGUUCCAAGAGUUUUUGGGUUCAAACUUCACAAGCCAUGAUGAAGCUGAAGUCAGUUUUUCAUGAAUGUGAGUCCUAUUUAACACUUCUUUGAAGGUACUCCCUUGCAACAUCCAGCGGAUUAUGACAUGGAUAUUCCAAAUCAGUACAAUCUAGAUCCUCGGUUUUUUACUGUCUUAGGAGUGUGUUGUAAAGAAAUAUAUGCUGACUUGUGAUGCAAGUGCUUAGUUUCACUUUCAGCUUCAAAUUCAGAUUAGCAAGUGCUUAGGUACUUGACUAUACUUUUUUUUAAUGGUCUAUUACAAAUUUGUAUUCUUGCAAUUAUCUUCAUCUUGCCUCAUCUGGAACAGUUUUAUUCUGUUGUAUUUCAAUGUCAAUUUGAUAACACAAGGUCCAUAUA